AUGGCAUCAGCCAUUCCUUCACCUCUUGCCAGUUCUGUAGAGAAGACAAACGGAGCCAAGCUCAGCCGACUUCUCAUCGAUGGCGGAACAACAGUUCUCAAGAGCAUUUUCAAUGGAUAUCAUACCCCAGCAAGUCUUUCAGCUGCGUUGAAUGCAAACUAUUUGACUCUUCAAAAUCUGUUGAGAAGAAGGAUUCUACACAAACCUCAAUGGAAUCUACUGUUCCCUCCAAGCGGUGCUCCUCCAGACUCCCAAACAUUUGAUAUCACUCUUUUAUUCCUUCUCUUAACCAACAUAUGUGGUCUCUCCCCACCCCGCUCUGGGUGGCACACUAAACCACCUCCAAGUUACAACUCCCUUGAAGCAAAUCUUGCUCGCAUAAAGUUUUACCGCAAUGAAUUGUAUGGCCAUGUUACCACAACUGGUAUUGCUGAUUCAACGUUCUCAACUCUGUGGCAGGAAAUCAGUAUUGUUCUCGUUGCUCUUGGCUUGCAGCAGGCAGAAAUUGAUAGAUUGAAGGCUGAGCAUUGUGGAGAGCAAGAGUUCUUAGAUGCGUUGCUUGAGUGGGCUGAUUCUGAGGAAGAUAUAAAAUCACAGCUGAAGGACAUACGGGAUAUUGAGACCAAAGUGCUGCAAACUGUUGAUGAAAAUAAAGCAAAGCUGGAAGAAGUUCAUCAGUUACAGAAGAACUUGCAAGAAUCUGUGCAGAGCCAACAGCAAGACACUAGAGCCAUUCAAGAUAACUUUGGAAAAGUCUGUGAUAAGCUUCAAAACUUGGAGGAGGUAUCUCAGCUCACCAUUCAAAAUUUGAAUAAAGAGGAGAGUAUCAGGGAUGACGAAGUCCCUGCGAAACUAGCAAACGUGGACAAUUUAGGUGAAAUAAGACACCAUGCAAGCAGAUAUGUUGAGGGAACUCGUUUAUGGAUUCUUGAAGAAGUUGAGAGGUGGUUAGACGACAAAAGUUCUCCAAAUAGAGUGAUUGUUAUUAGCGGGAAUGCUGGAAUGGGAAAGUCUGUAAUCUCAGCUGUCUUGUGCCAAAAGAUGUUAGAGGCUGGACGAUUGUCAGGGAGCCACUUCUGUCGGCAUAACAAGGCACGCCGAAGGAAUCCCAAAGUGAUGCUGCAGUCGUUAGCCUGUCAGCUUUCCGAAUCGCUGCCAGAGUACAGGAGGGCUCUCGUGAAGAAGUUCUCGAGAAAUCUGGGCGUUGAUAUUGGAGACAUGGAAGUGGAAGAACUGUUUGAACUUUUGUUUGAAGAACCUCUUUCAGAUUUGGAAGACCCAGGCCAUAUCCAUCUCAUGGUUAUAGAUGGCUUAGACGAAAGUGAAUACCAGGGGCGUAAUGAGCUUUUAAAUGUGAUUGCCGAUUACUUCAAGACGCUUCCGUAUUGGAUACGAUUUGUGGUAACAACGCGACCUGAAAUGAAAAUCGCAGAGAAGAUUCAAGACUUAAAUCCCAUACAGCUGAACCCAAACGAUGAAGAAAACUUGAUGGACGUCAGGCUUUGCUUUCAAAAGCAACUGAAAUAUGUCCUGCAAUCUGAUUGCCAAGAUACCAUCUUGGAGAAGCUUGUUGAAAAGUCAGAAGGAGUCAUGUUAUAUACCUAUUACCUGACAGAGUUCAUGGAGAAGAAUUCUGCGCAUAUAAGUGCUGCUGAAGUGAUCAACAGCGACUUGCCAUCAGGUAUUUCGUCCGUUUAUCAAGACUUUUUCAAACGCCUGAAAAAUGAAAUGCAGAAAGAACUAGGUAUCACCGAAGAGCAAUUCUUUGAUUUUUUAAAUGCCAUCGUGGCAGCAAGAGAACCAUUACCAGUCGAGUUUGUGUACAAGUUGUUCCUUUCAAAAGAAUGGUCAUCGGCUGAUGAGCAAAAAGUACGAGACGCAGUUGAUUGUAUCUCGGCUCUUCUACCCAUUGAGGGCGAGUGCAUUAACUUCUUUCACAAGUCAGUCAAGGACUGGUUGGUUGAGGAGUCUACUUCGAGGCAAAAGAAGUUUAUUGUUAGCGGAAAAGAAUGUCAUCGUGUCAUUGCAAAGCUUUGCAAAGAUGAACUAGAUGAUUUGAAACACAAAGGGAUCCAGAGUUCAACACUGACUCAGACGUCAAGGUAUGCCUUGCAGUAUGGAGUUCAGCAUAUACUUGAGGUACAAGAGAAUGCUCGUUCAUGUAGCUUCGACGACAUUGUAAAGGAUUAUGUUUUGGACCUAGAAUUGGUCUACGCAAAGCUAUGUGUGAAUAGUACAGCAGCCACUGAAGAUGUUCUUUGCGUACAAGAGAAGGAAAGUACAAAUGCUUCGUCAAAGUAUUACAGAAAAGCCCUUGAGACGUUAUUGUUGCUGUUGCGGAAGCAUUUAAGUACUCUAUCAGAACUUCCUCAUGCCAUCUUUCAAAUCUUGUUGAACGAAGGAGGACCAGAACUGUCUGCGGGGGCAUUAAGCCUGCUGAACACCAAGUAUGCGGACUUACCAUACAUGGAAUACUUGCGAAAGAAGGAGGAAAGACCAGAUGUUCUAAUGCGGUUUUUGGCUUCAGAUUACGUGGUCUGCUUUGAUGUCUCACCAAAUCAAGACUACCUGGUCUGCGAGUGUUUGGAUGGCAUAACUCAUCUGUGGUCACUCCGUACUGCCCAGCUAAUGUGGACACGCUCUGCGCUGGUACCAAUCAUUGAUGUUUGGAGGAACUGUGAGUGCAGCGAGUCUCUCCUUUUCUUAUUUUCCCGGUCAGUAGUUUUCCAUCCAGCCUUAGACCUGAUCCUACAAGGGACCCUGUGUCAGGGUUAUACCUUGGCCGGAGGCCUGGAACCUCUUUUUCAUUCGAGUAAGUGCCGGUUCAAAGCUUGUUCAAUAUCUGGUGACCAAACCACGAUGCUUACUGACUGUCUGAACCAGGGGAAUUGCGUCAUCCAGUGGAGUCUAAAAGAUGGAAGCGAAAUAAGUCGUUUUACACACAAAUGCGACAUUUUAUCUUUUGCGUGGUCUCGUAAUGGAACAUGGAUGGCGAUCGCCGAUUCUGACUACUGCGUAUACCUGAUUGACAUGAAUGAUGGAUUUGAGACUCUGAUACGGGCUUCUGCCCCGUCACAAUGUGUUAAGUUAACUCCUGACUGCCGGUUUUUAUUCGGUUUGUUUUUGGAUAGGGAUGACUUCACGCUUUUUUGUUUAGAUAUUGACGGGAACACUAAGUUAAAGUAUAGUUUGGAUCCCAUUUUUAGGACGCGUUCCUACCAGUACGCCUCGCAAUUUGGAACUUGCAAUGAGAGGGGCUUCCUAUCAGGAGAUCCCUUUUGGUGUUCAUUUGGAAGAAAUAUUAGAAACCCAUCAUUUAUGGAUUUUGCACUUGUACUAAAGGAGGAUAUGUUAUUAAGAGUUUCCCCUCGCAGUAAAGUGAUCGAGAUGUGUCGCCUUAACGACGUAAGGGAGUGGAGAGGUGAAAGUAGCGAUGAAGCCGGACAAAGCACAGAACUCGGUUACAUUACGACAAAGAGAGCCGAAAAUAACGAUCUAGCGGAACAUAACCUACCAGAAAUCAACGAUAUGCUGGAACAGAACGCUGAGAUCGAUGUUCUUUCAGGAUAUAGAGCUGAAGUUGUUGAUCCAUCAGAACAGAGAGCUGAACUUAAGGACUCACCCGAACAGAUGGCUGAAUUCGGUGCCCUAGAGGAACGGACAAUGGAACUUAACAACUCUACGGAAAAGAAAGGUGAACUUGAUGACCUUGUGGGAGAACGAACGGAAUUUAAUGACCUACCAGAAAAGAAUGGUGAUUUUUUUUUCUCAUUGGAGGUGGAUAUUAAACUCGAUGAGCUAUCAGAACGAUUGGAAAUUGAUCUAUGCAGCUUAUUAGAAAAUGGAGCUGACCCUUAUUGUAAGGGGGGUAAAUUUCUAAAGAAACUGUGGUGUUGAGUUGGUGGAAGACUGACCAAGGGCUUACGCUCGAAACUUCAGCUUUUAAACUCUUUGCGGUGGCCAAUUUACGUUAUCAACUCGUUUGAUAAGAAUAAAUUACCUGUUAUACUCUCCCACCGACGCAGCACCACAGUUUCUUUAGAAACUUACCCCCUUUAGAAUGAGGAUCAGCUCCAUUCUCUGAUAAGCUGCAUAGAUCAAUUUCCAAUAGUCAACUCAGUUGAUAAUACUAAAUUAUCUAAAAGGACACUUCUCAAAUAAUUUUGCACGGAGUCUCGGGAGAACUUUGCGCCGACGAGUUUCCUCUGACAAACGUCCAUGACUCAUGUAUGUUUUCUUUGCCCGCCAAAGUGAAGAGGGGAAUAAACACAAAUCACUUCCUAUUUCCCAAUUGGUCAACUCAGUUUAUUAUACUGAUCCUUAUUCUGUUCUCUCUAUCCUAGAUGAUCAGGAAAAACAGGAACCUCUACUUGAGGACACAGAGGAAAACGGUUUCGUUUUAAAUUGUAUCUUGAGACAACAAGAUACCGUUCAUGAGGUUUAUUUCUCUGUUAAUGGCGAUUUUCUUUAUGCUGUGAAGGAUACAAAGAUCCAGCGGAUGAAUCUUGUGACUGGCGGUAUUUUAAGUGAAAGGUUUAGGAGCGAGGAAUGGAAGAUUUUCAGAGAGCGUCUUCGUCUUGUGCCUGUCAAAAGAGGUGUCCUAUUUGUAAUAGGUAGUAGCUUGCUUGAGUUGUGGAACUCUGAGUUGUCUGUUUGCAUCCAAAAGUGGACUGGCCAAUUCUUCAGGUAUGUUGUACCCUUAUCAGAGGAACGAGUCGCCUUGAAAACGGUGUAUGGCGAUAUGAUCGCAGACGGGAAGUGACCAUUCUUGAUACAACGAGUGAAAAAAUUGUGUUAAGGAGCAUAAAUUUUGAUGGUGAAUUUUUGGCAUGUAACAGUAAAUGUGAAGUGCUAGCCACUACUAAUGGGAAUUCACUGCAGCUGUGGCGUGAAAAUAGAGUGCUAUGGAAAAUUGCUUUUCAGUUACAACCAUCUAACAUUAACGUAACUGUUAGUUUUUCUCCUACUGAAGAAUACGUCAUCAUUUCCGAUGAAUUUGGCUCUUACGUCCUCGACGCAGUUGCGGGAAAAGUGAUUUUUCAAUCGAAGAACAUGGAUGUACGUGAUAUUAAGUUUAUCAGUAACGAGGACUACAUUGUAGGCUUGAAUAAUUUAAGAGGUUUUUGUCUUCGAUUAUACAACGUUAUAUCUGGUGAUCUCCUUAGUGAAAUUGUAGAGGGAAGAGAAGUUCUAAGUUUUGCAGUUUGUCCUUGUAAACGCUUGGUCGCAAUUGUCCAUGAAAACUCCGAGGACCAUUUUGAAAUCAUUCAAGUGAAGCUGCCAGGCGAUAAAGAAAAGACAAACAUCAAAAGGUCAGUUGAAACAAAGUUUAUUUGAAGACAGAAGAAGAAUAACGUGGAUAAUAAUAUAAUGUUAAUAGUAUUAAUAGUAGAAAAAAUAACAAUGAUACUUAAUAAUAAUGUGAUGAUAAUAACAAUACUGAUGAUGGACAUUUAAUAAUAAUGAUAACAAUAGUAAUACGGACAGUUAUGAUGAUAAUUAUAAAUAUAAUGAUUCCAAUGAUAAAUAAUGGUAAUAGGACAGAGUAGAGUCCAAUUCGGUCUGUACUCAUACGAGAGAUAAGCAAAAUCCGACGAUCGCGAAGCAGGAGCCCGAUUUGACAAUCACUAGUAUGAUAACAUACUUAAUUGGACGACACGAAGUCCUGUCACCAAUUAAUCAUAGGUGUUAAAAUUUCCAAAAAACAACAAACACAUAAAGGACAAAUAUCUCCGGUAGAGACAAAUUCUAAAGUAAAAAAAUUCCUCAAGUUUGGAAAUUCCAUAAUUUUUUUUGGUAGAAGUGGUUGUUGCUGUGGUUGUUGUUAUCAAUUCUAUGAUUGGUGGAUUUGGCGGAAAGGAAUAAGUAGAAAAAUAAAGUAGCUUAUGCACCAAUCACAUUUGAGGAAAUUGUAACGGUUAUGAUUAUGAUAAUAAGAGUAACAAAUAAUUAUUUGGAUAAUACUUAUAACAGUAGUGAUAAUGGUCAAAAUGAUAAUGAUGAUGACAAAAUAAAUUCCUCUAGAAACGCCAGUUCCGCAAAUCUGAAAUGACCAUCAUUAGAUUCAUGAUUUAACUCGUCUUGGUCAUAAUCCAAUCCAAAAAAAGGCAAAUUUUUUUAAAUUCCCUAUUACUUAAUAUAAGAUGUUGCCUUUGACUUGACCUCUGUUGUUUAAUUUUUUACCUCAGGUUGAACCUACCAAAAUAAGACAUCUACAGAGAUUUACAGUUUUGUCGCUGAAUGGGAAAGGCAUUGUCAGAGAGACUGUAUUCCGCUGAUUCCUUUGCAUUCGAGUGGUUACGAUCUUCUAGUCCCGACAUCUGAACAGGAGAGACCGCUGAUCGAGAUUGGAGCGAGCACAAGAAUGAUUUUAGUGACAAAGCUGUUCAAGGAUUUAAAUGAUAUUUUUCUUAAAAGGGCUAAAGAUAAGUUGGAAAACUGUUCACGUCUCCAAAAGAUUUUUGGAGACGUCAACAGUUUACAGGAGGGGUAAGGCUUCAGAAAAAUUUACUACCAGGCCGCACUAUUUAUGAGUUUUAACCAAAAGGGGAACUCUUAUCUAAGGGCAUAGCCCUAAGCUCCAGUAGGUGGCUGUUGGUGGUCAUUUGGUAAGGUGCCCAUGUUAGUCAGGGCAUCGUUGCAUAGUCAACCUCACCAGGGUGGUGAGAGGCUGAAACGUGCUGACCCUUAUCUACUCCUCCCAAACGGGUACGCUGGGCCCUAACAGCCUGACCUUCUGAAGGGUCGGGGGGAGGGGUAAGGCUUCAGAAAAAGUUUCUACUGGGCUGCUCUGUUUAUGAGUUUUAACCAGAAAAGGAAUUUUUGACACACCUUUCGAAGCACGAAAUCUUCCUCUCUAAUUUCCAUAAAGUUAUGACGGAGAUAAAAAUUUGAAAAGCAAAUGAACAUGUGCAAAGCAUAUUUAGUGAAAUAAACUGGUC